UUUAAUUUACAGAAAAUGUUAAAUAUAUACUACAGUGUGGAUGAGAAAAAAUAUUUUUACAAAUUGAGGAAAUGCAAUUGUUUUUUUUCCCCCGAUGGGUGUCCCCUGAGGUAAACUCAACCUGGACUAUCAGCCGCUCGGUGGACUUUGAUUUGGCCCUGCCGUUUGGAAGUACACAGUACCGCCUCUCCAUGGAUGUCAUAAAAAAAAAGAAAAAAAGGGCCAGCCAGAAAAUAUAUAAAUGCACAACUAAAGAUGCUUCUUUCCUUCCCGUGCAGUGAGGCCUUUCAUGGAUUACAGUCUGGCCGUUCAAGUCUUACCUGGCAACAAGUAACCGAAGAUCAAAAGGACACUUAAGUUGAACUAAAACAAUAGACGAGAACCAUGGUAGGACUAAAACCCUCAGACGUCCCCCCUCCUCUGGGGGUGAAGAUGGUGAGCGCCGGGGCAGCUGCCUGCGUAGGUGAUCUUGUGACAUUUCCUCUGGACACAGCAAAAGUCAGACUACAGAUCCAGGGAGAAAAGGUGCCAGUGGGAGGCAUCCGCUACAAGGGCGUGUUUGGGACGAUCAGCACCAUGAUCCGGACAGAGGGGCCCAAGUCUCUGUACAAUGGGCUGGUGGCCGGGCUGCAGAGGCAGGCCUGCUUCGCCUCCAUCAGAAUCGGUCUCUAUGACAGCGUAAAAAACUUCUACACUGGUGGCAAAGACAACCCAGGAGUGCUGGUGCGGAUCCUGGCUGGCUGCACGACAGGUGCUAUGGCGGUGUCCUUUGCACAACCCACUGACGUUGUCAAGGUUCGAUUCCAAGCCCAAAUGAACCUGAAUGGCGUGGCCCGGCGCUACACCGGCACCAUGCAGGCCUACAAACAAAUCUUCCAGAACGAAGGCCUACGUGGACUCUGGAAAGGUACACUUCCCAACAUCACCAGAAACGCGCUGGUCAACUCCACAGAGCUGGUGACGUACGACCUGAUCAAGGAGGCCAUCCUCAAACACAACCUGCUGACAGACAAUCUCCCGUGUCACUUCCUGUCCGCGUUCGGUGCCGGCUUUGUUACCACAGUGAUCGCUUCCCCAGUAGAUGUGGUAAAAACCAGAUAUAUGAACUCUCCGCCGGGCCAGUACAAGAGUGCCAUCAACUGUGCCUGGACCAUGAUGACCAAAGAGGGACCGACGGCUUUCUACAAAGGAUUCGUGCCCUCAUUUCUGAGGUUGGGAUCAUGGAACGUUGUGAUGUUUGUCUCAUUUGAGCAAAUCAAAAGGGCCAUGAUGGUCACGAAGAAGAGGAUAGAGGGUGCGGACUGAGGCCACCAGCAGGUUGAUGGAGCAUCAACAAGGACAUUUAAUUUGACUUCUUAACAUCGUUCAAUCUCGGUGCCCUGCAGCAACAAAAGGAGACCAUCUUACCUUGAAAUUGUAGCGACAUAUUGAACUGUGUGUGUGGAGAAAACUCGAUAGUUUUCAUUUUAUAUUUAUAAUUUGCCACCAUGAGCCCAGAGUGGGAGCAAAUGGUACGGAACCAAGUCAAGUUUGCAGGCUAAGGCCUGUAGAUCUAAAAUGGUCGGUGAUACGUCUCAUGCAGCUGACAACACUGCACAUUUACAUGUGACAAUACUAAAUAUAUGACUAGUUUUACAGAU